AUGGUUGCGAUCACCACGUGUCGCGCCGCCGCCGCCGCGACGGCCCUCAGGGCCGUCAUACUGGGCGCGCCGGCGUCCGGCAAGGGCACCGUCUCCUCCAGGAUCGUCCAGCAGUUCGGCGUUGCGCACAUCUCCAGCGGCGACAGGCUGCGCUUCCACGUGUCCGCCGGCACUGAUCUGGGCAAGGAGGUAAAGAGGUACAUGGACAGCGGUAGCUUCGUGCCGGACGACACGAUGAUAUCUCUUAUCGGAGACGAGAUCAGGUCGAUGGCGGGUCGGAAUUGGCUGCUGGACGGAUUCCCGCGGACAUUGACGCAGGCGGAGCGAUUGCAGAGGCUGCACCCGAUCAAUCUCGUGCUGAAUCUCGUGGUGCCGACCGCCGUCAUUCUGGACCGCGUCAAGAGCCGAUGGGUCCAUCUGCCCAGCGGUAGGGUCUACAACAUCGGCUUCAAUGAUCCACGAGUGCCGGGCAAAGAUGAUGUAACGGGCGAGCCGUUGUGCCAGAGGGAGGAUGACAAGCCGGAAGUUGUACAGAAGAGGCUGCAGGACUACGCGACGAAGACCGAGCCAGUCGUGCAGUUUUAUCGUGAGAUUGGCAUACUGAGGGAGUUUCGCGGCAACGCCACUAACGAAAUGUGGCCGGCGAUCAGGAAUUGCGUAGCACAAUAUUGCUGAGCUUUAGAGAUUAAAUUUUUAGAUAAAUUUUCUAUUUAAAUAUGUCGGACGGUCGCGCAGGCCAUUCUGAUCCUUAAAUAGGUCUAUUUAGAUCUGUUUAGAUUUCUCCAAUUCUUCGUUUCUUAGAUCUCUCUAAAGGAAACAGAUUUUUGAAUAUUUUGGACCUAAUUCUUAUAUUCUAUUUGCCUAAAAAUUAAAUUAGAUUAGAGAAGCUUAGAUUAGAUAAAAUCUCACGCGCCUAAGAAUAAUUUUCAUAUUCUUUUAUGAAAUAAUUAAAACGGACAAUCUAUUUAGAUCUAUUUGAGAUUUGCAAUUCGCGCUCCCCACACGCGAUCUCGAGUAACAGAUGGGAAUAUCACGCUCUCCUCCGGCAACAAGUGUUUUUUACUUCGCAACAACGACAGACAGAACGCGUACUAUAGCAUAUCCGCGCGACGUUCUCUCAUGCACGCACGAACGCACACAAGUGUGACUGGCAUUAGAUUGUAAAUACGCGAUGUCGUGCCGACAAUAAUAGGCUUGUAGAUGUUUCCGAAUGAAGAACGCCUAGGUAAUACAACGAGAUUUCGCGGUAACUCAAUGAUAUUGAUAUCGUUGCGAGUUAUCUUUUGUUUCGCAACUAGCACUUGCAUGACAAACCGCUGCUUGUGGCCGAAGGUUCAAAGUAUAUAGUACAAAGCAGGAAUUAUUGUUCGAAUAAUCGGCGAUACAUUCUAGGAUGACGUAAUCGUCAUAUAUUUCUCAAUUUAUUUCGAGCGUAUAGCGUUACAGCUGUAAGAGAGAUAUAUAACAACGUUCAAUAUUGUGUACAUAUUCAACAGUAUAAGUACAAUAUACGCAUAUACAUAUACAUGCAUACAUACAUAUACAGUUUGAGGCAUCUAAAAAAAGUGUACAUAUAAAUGAAUUCUUUAACAAUCUUCGUGUUUUCUAUUUUUAAAUCUAUAUUACGCUUUAGAGAAUACUCUAGGCUUAUUUGUCGUCGAUUAAGCAAGUUAUACAUAUCAUGUUAUCUCGCUUCUUGGAGCGCUCGAGUAAUUUUGCAGCGCGAAAUGAACGAUUCACUCCAGUCUAUUGUCUAUUCUACUCUAUUUUAUCGUAAAUGUUUCUGCCGCUCUUGAAAAUAUCGUUGAAGACAAAGCUUGUAGGAAUGUAACAGGGAAAAAGACUCGUUUAAAUAGUUUUCAAGAUUUCGAAAAUUUUAUUGCAAUUUUUUCCUUUUAUAGUUCUUAGAUAUUAUUUUUAUUUAUAUAUCUAUAAAUAAGUACAGAUAUCACAAAUCUUUUCUAAAUAAAUAUUUAGGUGUACACUAUUAGAUGCUUCAUCCUGUAUAUAUCAUGUUCACGUUCCUCAAAUUCCUCUUUAAAGGCAGAAGAGUUACUCAGGAAUAACUCGAUUACAAAUAAAUAAAUAAAUUAAUGCCUUAUUAUAGUUUCCUUUAAACGAAUCAGACUUGAGAAUCGUCGCGCUUUUAUUCGCGUGGAAUUUUGUUGUAUAUAUAUAGAGAAUUUCGCAAAAUAUAAUUUUAUUUCGAUAACUCAACAGAUUUAACGCGCGUCAUAAAAUUGUUUCAAGACUAAUCAAAGCCUCGUUGUAACACGCGAAAUAAAUAUUUGCUGAAAUUUCGAUAACGAA